GCUACUCGCUGUCGAAAGCAGAGCAGAGCAAGACACAUAGUGGAGAAGAAGAAGUGCCAGAUGUCAGCAGAUCAGCUCCUGACGGUUUAUGUGGAAAGGUGAAAAAAGCUGAAUCAUCAUUCAACCAGAGGAACAUGUAGCUGCUUCUCGAGAGGAAUAACUCACUUGUUCAACUUAAGUCUGUUUCCGAAAGCGAUCCUGCUUUUGUCUGGAGUCUUGGAGGACCCCGCAGUGACUGACAGUGAUGGCUUCACGGGGUCAAAUACAGGCCUGGACGUUGCUUGCAGUGCUUCUGCUGGGAAUGACCUCCUCUUUGCACGGUUCCCUCGUGAAAGUCAACAAGGGUUUAAAGGUGAAACGGGGUCAGUCGGCCUACCUUGACGAGGGCGACCUGCAGUUCCAUAUUCCCCGUCGGAAGGAUGCGUGCAAGGUGGAGGUGGUGUUAAACGAGCCCAUAACUCAGCGAGUGGGAGAACUCAUGCCUCAGGUUUUUGAUUGCCAUUAUCUGGCUGAUGAGGUGAAGUAUGUCCACAAUGGAUGCCCACUGUUAAAAGAGGACCCUGUCAAACUUCGACUGUACAGGUUCACAGAGACAGAGACACACAUGGAGGUGUUUACUCUUCAUGUGGACAUUGUGGAACCUGAAUGCAGCAUUAUAAGGCUUGGGCCUCAGCCCUUGGAGGUGCCUGAAUUCUACAGCCUCUCUGAAGCACUCGAUGGCAACGCGCUGUCUUUCCACUACGAGCGGAGGUCUAGCCUGGAGUGUAGCAUCCAUCUGAGCAGCCAUGACACCCACCUGCCAGCCCAUGGCCAGCUGGUCACUGGAGAGCCAGAGAAAGCCACCAAGAGAGGGGACGAGCCUGAGAGUUUCAUCCCCUUACGUCAGCAACUAGAUAAUAAAGCCAGAGCGACGUGUAAAACUGAGGAUUGCCUAAAGGGUCUGAAGCUGGUUAAGAUGACCAAGAUUCCCUGUGAUGACUUCCUGUUAAUGGGACUUCGGUAUCAGCACAUAGAUCCUCCAUCUCCAGAUAUAGAUUAUAUCACAAUUAGACUGGACCUCAAGGACUCCAGGAGUGGCAGCAUAUACAAGUCUGAACAGAUCUGGAUUCCAGUGCGGAUAGUUGGUGCAAUGCCCAAUCAGCCUCCGAAACCAUCCUUCAUGUCCAUGUUCAUCCUGGAAGUGGACCAGUUCAUCCUCACUCCACUCUCCACUGCUACACUAGAUGCUGAAGAUGAGGAAACUGUCAAACAGCUCUUGGUUUUCAACAUCACUAAACCCCCUGUGGACGGCUUCAUCACUCAUCUGUCCGAUCACACCCGCCCAAUCUCGUCCUUCACAUGGCUGGAUCUCAAUGACAUGCUCAUUGGGUAUCAACCUCCGAACUCUUCUCAUACUCAACGAAGGAAUUACGAGAUUGAAUUUGAGGUGCACGAUUUUUUCUUUGAGAAGAGCCCAUCAAUGACUGUUCACGUGUCUGUAAGGAAUGCAGACACGAAUGCACCCAGAGUUUCCUGGAACAUGGGUCUAAGCCUAUUAGAGGGUCAGUCUCGUCCUAUAACGUGGGAUCAGGUCCAGAUUGUGGACAACGACAACCUGAAAGCUGUUCGUGUCAUCACUGUGGACGGUCUGCAGCACGGAAGGCUCACUGUUAGAGGUGGAAAAGGCUUCAUGUUCACUGUUAACGAUAUCAGAGCAGGCGAGGUUCGCUAUCACCAUGACGACAGUGACUCAACCAAAGACUUCAUUAUCUUCCGUAUCACUGAUGGUCGCCAUCAGACCCGGCACAAAUUCCCCAUCAACAUCCUGCCGAAGGAUGACAGCCCUCCUUUCCUCAUCACCAACAUGCUGCUGGAGGUGUCUGAGGGCCAAACAGCUCUGCUCAUGGGCUCCACCCUACAGGCUUCAGACAUGGACUCAAGUGACGACUACAUCCUAUUUAACAUCACCCGCCCGCCGCAGGCAGGAGAGGUCAUGAAAAUCCCAGGACCGGGGCUCACAGGUUACCCUGUCAGCCAUUUUCUGCAGAGGGACCUGUCACAGUCCUUGGUUUACUAUCGACACCUUGGAAACAAGGUGUUUGAUGAUUCUUUUGAGGUGGUGCUGUCCGAUUUCCAUGACCCCCCAAACCUGUCAGAGCCGCAGAUGGUGCUGGUGCACAUAGAAGCUGUUCCAGACCAACCACCUAAAGAGGUUCCUGGGUCCAGCCGGUGUCUUGUGAACAAAGAAACAGAAGUGGUCCAUAUAACACGACAACAGCUUCACUUUGUAGACCUGGAGUCCCCUGACAGUGAGCUGACAUACACAGUUACUACUCCGCCUUUCCACACUGGUCCUCACAGCACUUCUGAUGCAGGGAGACUGUUCCUGGUGGACAGUAUACCCAAAUUCACCAAAGACUCCAAUGCACCUGUUCUGAGGCUCUUCACGCAACAUGCAGUGAACUUCAUGAAAGUAGCCUACAUGCCUCCAAUCAUGGACAUUGGCCCUUACCCCCAGCACAUCCAGUUUGUUCUCUCUGUCACUAACCGUCUGGGGAAAACAGUCACUGGGAUCUGCUUUAACAUCACUGUGACACCAGAAGACAACCAGCCACCACAGGUCAUCACCAAUGCUCUGACUGUAGAUGAGGGAGGGGAGUGCUGGCUUGGCCCUGAACACUUGCUGCUCUCAGAUAUGGACUCUAUGGAGGAAGCCCUGCGGGUGGCGCUGCAAAAGGAUCCACAGCAUGGAGCCCUGCAACUCGGUGGCCUCCUGCUCCGACCAGGCCAGGCGUUCACCGUACAAGACGUGAAAAGCUUUAAAGUUAGUUACAAUCAUGACAACUCAGAAACUGUAGAGGACACCAUUGAACUCUCUGCAACGGAUGGAAGCAAUUCAGUCAGUUUCAUCCUGCAAGUGAAGGUGAAGCCCAUUAAUGAUGAGGUCCCGGUGUUGGUCGCUAGUUUGAAACCAGUUCUCAACUGCGCUGAGGGUCAGGAGAUCACCAUCACAGCAGAGUACAUCUUUGCUUCUGAUGCAGACAGCGACAACGGCAGCCUGGGCUUCUUGAUUGCGCGGCAGCCGUAUCACGGCGUGGUGCUACGAAAUGGUGUCGUGAUCGAUCACUUCCUCCAGGCAGAUAUCACAGCUGGGAUCAUCACCUACAAACACACAGGAUUGGAGAUUGGUCUCACUCCUCGCCAUGACACCAUCACGUUUGUCAUUUCGGAUGGAGAAACAGAAAACUCUGCUCUGUGCUGCGGGGGAGGAAAUCCCACCAGGACCAGAGGUACAGCACAGUUCCGGGACAGCCUCCCUGUGUACGACCUCCAGAUCACAGUGUUUCCAGUCGACAGCCAAGCACCUUCAUUGGCAACAGGAGACAUCUUUUUGGUGGAUGAAGGUGGAACUGCCCCGAUAACUUCUUCUCAUUUGAAGGCCUCUGACGUGGACACCGUCCUGGAUGAACUGGUGGUCAGUCUGAUUUCUCCACCCCAGUUUGGUUACAUUGAAAAUGUCCUGCCAAGUCCUGGCUUUGAGAAAAGUAACACGGGCAUAAGCAUAGCCUCAUUUUCAUUCAAAGACAUCAUUGACGGCCAGGUGAACUAUGUACAGUCCAGACACCAGAGGAUGGAGCCCACAGUCGACCAGUUCAUGCUCUGUGUGUCGGAUGGGAAACACAGUUCUGCGCAUGUGCCCUUCUACAUUAUUAUCAAUCCAACAAACGAUGAGAUCCCAGACUUUGUGGCUCGCAAUAUCACAGUACGAGAAGGAGAAACGAAGCAGCUGGACUCGUCUGUGCUGCACGCAGCGGAUCUGGACGUCCCCAGGAACGUCCUGCUGUUCAGCAUCGUUAAAGCCCCUCAGCAUGGCAGCAUCAUUAACCACAACAGUGAAAGGCCCGUCAGCAAGAGACGAGAGGCUAGUCCCCACUCACCCGUGGUCGACUUUACGAUGACAGAUCUGGCUAAUGGUAUGGAUCUGAUGUAUAUGCACGAUGACUCCGAGAAUAUGGAGGACACUUUUACCAUCCAGUUGACGGAUGGCCGGCACCAGCUCCACAGACAAGUGAUGGUUAAAGUUCUGCCAGUCAAUGAUGAGGAGCCUCGGACUAUAAGGAACAAUGGGCUGGAAGUGGAGCCAGGUGAGACAAGGCUCAUAUCCAGUGUGACACUGUUUGCACAUGAUGGUGAUAGUCCCUCUUCAGAGGUCAUGUACAUAUUUGAAAGUGUUCCUACCCAAGGACUACUUCAACUUAAGGAGGGUCAGGACUGGGUGACGCUGACAGCCGGAAAGAAUUGCGCCCAGGAAAUGGUGGACAUGAACCUUCUGCGCUAUGUGCACACAGGCCUGCACGCCGCCAAAACACAGGACUUCUUUGUCUUCCACUUGCUGGACGGAAAGAAUCAAUCACCACCACAGCACUUCCACAUCUCUGUCAAAGAUCUUGAGAAAGGAAAUAUCGCCAUCUUGGUAAAACCAGUGAACGUCAGUCGGGGUGAUCGCGUGGUUCUCACCACAGACGUGCUGUUGGCCACAGACGGCACAGAAAAGCCAGAGGAGCUUAUGUAUGUCAUCACCAACCCUCCCGCUCAGGGACACAUAGAGUACAUCAAUCAUCCUGGACUGGCCAUCUCCACCUUCAGCCAGUUGGACAUAGCAGCAAACCUCGUAGCUUAUGUGCACGACAAUCGAGCAAACGCACACAAAGAAACCUUCCAGUUUGUUGUGAGUAAUGGGAAGACCAGCCGAAAUGGAAGCUUUGAGGUCACAGUGGAAAUGGUGGAUCGAGUUCUGCCAUCUCUGUCCUCCAACAAAGGCAUUACGGUCCCCCAGGGCUCCUCCAUCAUCCUGGGUCCUGACUGCCUGGCCCUUUCUGACCCAGACACUCCACCCAGCGUCCUGACCUUCACCCUCCUCCAGCCUCCACAGUAUGGCAGGCUGCUUUUAGUGGACACCACCCUGACUGCGGGAUCAAACUUCACACUCAGACACAUACAAGAGAUGGAGGUAUCAUAUAAACAUGAUGGAGGGCCGUCACAGAUCGACCGGUUUGCCUUCACGGCCUCUGACAGCACCAAUCGAGGCUUCCUCCUGGAUGGGCGGUUACAUUUGGAACCAGUGUUCUUCACCAUCCAGAUCAAGCCUUUGGAUAAGUCUGCUCCGGAGGUUGUGAAGCUACUCCCUCUUUGGAAGGCAGAGGUUCUGGGUGAUGGACGAUAUGGGAUCUAUCUGUCAUCUCGGGAGCUGAAGGCCCACGACAGCGACAGCAGAGAAGAAGAGCUGAUAUUCUGCAUCGUUCGCCCGCCCUACUUUGGUUACCUAGAAAACAUGACUACAGGUGGCUUUGUGCAACAGAGCUUCUCUCAGGCAGAGCUGAACAAGAGAACCAUCAUCUACAUCACCAAUCCAGACAGGGAGUCCCUCUCAGACAGUCUGGAGUUUACAGUGUCUGAUCCUCUAGGGAACACAGGGCCCUCUCACAUCCUGGAAUUCAGCUGGUCCAGCGUGGAACUGUCUCUGUCUCAGCUCUCUGUAUGUGAGGAGCAAGCGGGUGUCUCGCUGGACAUCAUCCGCAAAGGAAACUUGGCAGAGUCAUCAUAUAUCACUGUCAAGGUGAAGGCUGUGACUGCAACAGCUGGUAAAGACUUCCUUAUAAGUCCUUCUUCCCUCAUUCAGUUUGAUCCAGGAGUGUCAAGGAGGAGCUGGCAAAUAGGGAUCAUUCAGGAUUACCUUGAGGAGGCUGAGGAAAUGUUUGAAGUGCUACUCAUCUCCCCUGAAGCCACAACAAUAGGCAUCAUCAACAUGGCUCAAGUCACCAUCAGGGAUUCUGGAAGAGGGCAGUGCAGGCUGAACCAGGAUCAGGAGGCUCCUCUCCUUGGAGGAAAAGAGAUUAGGUCAGACACCUACCCCCGGCAUGGAUCCAUUAAACUGGAAAAACUUCCCUUAGGCACCGAAUCAGUCCUCUGGGCCCGUGGUGACAGCAUCUCCAGGCCUGCAAGUCUCCCAAAAAAGAAACUCAGAGUUAUGGGCAAUCCAAAGUCUAUUGCACCUUCCUCAGUUUUUCACAAUGGAACAGAGAUUGUUUACACGUAUCAUGGCAUCAUGCAAGUGCAAGUAGAGGAUGACACCUCCCCAUCAAGGAAGGGCAGAAAAGCAAACAUUCGGGUUGUUAGCAGAGGGGCACAGCAGCACGUGUCAGCAGCGCUAACUGAAUCCAAACAUGAUCCUCGAAGAAAGAUCUCAGAACGUCAGAAAACCGAACUGGUUAAAGGACAUGCUUCAGCUGAUAACUUCAUCCCCAAGCCCUGUGUGCCAGCACUGAUGGGACUCCUGCAUAUCAACCAAACCACUAAUCAGCUCUUUCACUGCAACGGUGUGUCCUGGAAACCCUGGGCACCAACUGAUCAGAUGGUGGGAGCUCAGAAGUGUCCUCAGGGCUGGACCUUUCAUAGUGGCCAGUGCUAUACCCUCAGCACUGAGCACAAAGCCACCUGGAGCACAGCUAACAGAGCCUGCAGGGAGAGAUAUAAAGGAAGUCUAGCAAGUGUUCUCUCUAAAGAUGACAUGGACUGGUUGUGGGACUUCAGUGGAAGAAAACCAUUUUGGAUUGGUCUGAAUGACCGGGAAGGCCGAGGACGCUGGGAGUGGGCCGGCGGUGAGCCGGUCACCUACACCAACUGGAGAAAAGCGCCCCCAAGGUCAAAAAGGAAGGGAAGCAAAAAGUGCAUCCUGGUGUGGAGAAGAGCCAAGUGGCAGAUACAAGACUGUAAAACCAGCAGGGGUCAUCGCUUUGUAUGUUCAGUCAAGACUUGAAUGUGAGAGAUUCACAGCCAUGAACCACUCACUGUGGUGUUUCAGAGGAGUUGCAGGAAGGACUCAUUCUCAGGACGUUGACAUGACGAUCAGUGGGAUCUUUGCAGGAACUCCCCAUGAUUUAUAAUGAACUUUGUGACAAUUAUUGUGUCUAAAAAGUAACCUGCUACACUAUGUGACAUUGUUUACACAGCAUUUAUUCACAUUAGCCACUGAAAGUAUUGUCAUAUACUAUAUGUAAAGCUCACAAGAGAAUUUUAAAAACGUAUUUAGCAUCUUUGAACUAUAUCAGACCCAACCAAGGCUGGAUUAACAACAGGGGCCCCAGGUUCACAGAUUUGUCAACUAGUUUGUGGUGUAGCCACAUUGUUGCAAAUGAGUUUGUUGAAAUUGUACCUGAAGUGUCCAAAACCUAGUUAUAAAACUUUUAUACUUUUAAUUUAUGUUGUGCUUACACUGUACAUAAUGAGGUUGCGUUUAAUCAGAUUACUACUCUGUGUACACGUUACUAGUGGUGUUAGGGAGGGGAGGGAGGGGAGGGAUCAAUCUUGGACCCCAAUCAUCUAAAGUCUAACGAUAAUCAGCCUCUAGUAUCAACUGCCAAUAUUUUGGGGCCUUGGGUGUAGACGGCUGAGAUUCUUGCUUUUUAUUCAUUGUACACUGUUUACAGGCCGACUACUUCUCCUCAAAAAACACAAACAGCGUGUAGGUGUUUUAGAUCCAAAUCCUUCCAUGUAAACAGGAAAAUAACAUAAUGAAAGUUGAGAUUGCAUCAUCUGUGUAAAUGAAGCACUAAUCUAAUAUUUUGCAUAAUCAGCUGUUGGAUUAUUGAGUUGAAGUAAAUUACUCUUACAGAACUGGCAGGAAGAGUCAAAUGUAGAAUUCCCACAGUUUGAUUUCAGACACAAAUCUGUGAUGACUCCGAGGAGCAACUUGUGAUAGCAAGUGAUCAAAAGAAAUGUCUUUGUGAACAUCAGCUUCAAAGUACGGUCUGAUGACGGAGAUUAUGUCAUAUCCAAAUCUAAUUAGCCACUGUCUAUGAACCCUAAAACAACUUUUGUCUGGUAGAGUAAAACUACAUUCCAUGUUGAUAUUUCUUCAUUGGUUUCAAAGCCCCACUUGGACGCUGCUGCUGUUGUUUUCCCCUUUCUUUUGAGAAUUCAACGCCAUCAGUGUUAUUUAGAUCUUUGCCUGUGGGUCCUGCAAACCACAAGGUUAGGCAGAAAUGUGAUUAUCCCCAUCAUGUGAUCUACAGCGUGGGUAUGAAAGGAGGCCUUUUAUGUGAGCUGUGAGCAGUUCUCAGAGGUUUGGAUGCACUCGAGACACCGUUCUCAGCUCCUCGGCUCGGUGAGUUAGACUAAAACUCAGAUAUACAUGUGUAUAUGUUAAAAGAUAAAUGUCAACUUGUUGUUGUUAUUGAUCACCAGGCUGCUUUAAAUUAUUUAAAAAAAAGUUAUUUCUAAAACGUACAGUACAAUAGCAGCUUUUAAAAAAUCAGAUAGUCGGGCUGAGAGUCUUGUGUCAGUCGCAUUUCAACUCAUCUGACUCAGAGAAAUGUGAUCUGUACACCAGCUAAAGUGCUUGUGUUCAUGUACAAGGUGUUGGAAGGAGUAUUUUUGAACUUUGGGAAAGAGCUUUCCUCUUUUCCUGUUCUUUGUGCUGAGCGUGGCUCAUCCCUUUAAGAUGUUUGUAUUUGUAGCCCAGGGUUUCUGCAGGUUUCAAUAAGUUGCAUUUAUCAAGAGUCCCAGAAUUGCUUACACUUCUAAGUAGCCUAGUCGAGAAUCAGCCUGCACACAAUGUUAUCUCUCAAACUACAGACAGAGACGGUAUCCAAAGUCUUUUCCACAGACAAACUGGUUGUGUCAGUUAUCAGUUUCAUGCUGGUCUUGUUUGUGGUUUUAUUACAACGCGUCAAUAUCUGUAUCACUGAGAAAGAACUGCAACAUACAGAGACAUUACAAAUUAUACAUGCCACCGAAACCUUUCUCUUAAAAUAUAGCUAACUUAGGUUCGAUGGAAGUAGCAUUAAAUUAGUUAAUAUAAUCAAGACCUACCUGAACAUAUUGUAUUCAAGACUGAGUACACCAGAUGCUGUGCAGAGCUGUAUUCAUAUUCAGUUAUUAUUAUCAUUAUUACUACUAAUAAUAAUAAUCAUCAUUUUAGGUAAUAAUAAUUUCAGUCCAACCCUUAAAGCAAUGAAGAGGCUCAUUUCCCCUGCUAUAAAUCACAACACUCAAAAUCUUUUUAAAGUUUUUUUCUAAUAUCUGAAUAUAUUAACAGUUUGUAGUUAUUGUGUAUCAAUACAUCUUGGAUAGUUUUUGAGGAAGGACUAUUGGACUUUUUCCUCGCAUCAACCUGUAAGAUUGUACUUAUUAGGGUUACAAAAAUGUUAGUGACAGCUGUUUUAUUUUGCAGGGCUAUUGUGUAGUACUGUAUUCGACUGAAGUGCUGGUCAUAAUGCUGUGCAGGCAUAUGUUGCAUGUAGUAUACAGUGUUUUGUUUAUAGUCUAGAAGUCUAUAGAUGAACAUUUCUUUACGAGCUGAUAGGGUAAUCGUAAAAUAAAUGAAAAGCCCAUUGCUUCUAGACUCAUCAAGACUC